GUGACGGGGUCAAAGAUGAUUGUAUUGAUGGUUCAGAUGAGGAUCGCUGUCCUUGUUUARCUAAUCAAUUUACGUGCUCCGAUGGAUCGUGCGUGGACGUCUCUAAACUUUGCAAUGCAAAAWUAAACUGCCAACAACAAAGUGAAGAUGAAAUGCGGUGUGAUGACGAAUGCCCURUGUACCAAUGCAUCGAUGGAAGAUGUCCAUCACCGUUAUCACCAUGUACAGACAUGAAGUUUAACAUUUCGGAAUGCUGGAACUCCAAUAAAUACCACAAAAAUAUUUGCAGGGAACAGAAUGAGCAUUGUAAGACAACAAAAGGUAUCUGCGGGUUCGAUGCUGGACCUUGCGGAAUGGAAAAUGAUGGAUGGAGGUACAASUUACCCAAAAAMUACAAAAGCUUUGAUCAUUCUUUUAUUAAAGGAGGUAAUCCAUCGUGCUAUUUUGAUGUUCUUCAACACUGUCCCAUAAACUUAGACAAGUCAUGGGUGCCAACGAAGUUCAAGGACCGGCAAGGUAUCGAAUAA